AUGCUCUCCUGGUUCUUCGGCUUGAUAGUGCUGACGCUUGGCGUCCUCGGCGACUGGGCCAAUGUGUACGAGCCGUCCGACGACACGUACCUCCUCCUCGACGCCCUCGCCGCCGACCUCGCCGUGCUGCGCGAUGCGCUGCCCGGCGUCGUGCUCGAGCUCGGCUCGGGCUCCGGCUGCAUCAUCACCGGGCUGGCCCAGAUCCUGGUGGUGCGCGCCGACCUGCUCGGCGCAGUACGGCCUGGGACGGUCGACGUGCUGCUCUUCAACCCUCCGUACGUGCCCACCUCGGAGGAGGAGGCGGCGGGCGGGCAGGCCGAGCGCGACAUCUCCGCUGCCUGGGCGGGCGGGCCCGACGGUCGCGUUGUCGUGGACCGGCUGCUGCCUGACCUCGGCCGGCUGCUCUCUGCGAGAGGGGUCUUCUACUUGCUCGGCGUGCGCGAGAACCGGCCCGACGAGCUAGCGGCGCAGGUGGAGGCGCAGCACGGCAUGCGCGCCGAGCUGAUCGCCGAGCGGCGCGCGCAGAACGAGCGCCUGUUUGUGAUGCGCUUCUCGCGGAGCCAACCUGCCUCCGCGUGAGCGCGCCGCCGGGGGUGUUCCCUGGCAGCUGACUGCUUUGGGCGGCUUUCGUUUUCUUUUUUCAAAUCAUGGGCUGCUACCGAGUGGAGGCGUGGCCGAUAUCCUAUGCAUAUCUGUGGUACCCACCACAGCUCAGGUACAUGUGUGGUGUGUGUCGUCGUGGUUUCGUAUCAAGAAUACUCAUUCACACA